GUACGCUCUGCACAACAGAAAAUUAAUACCAAAAUAGAGCAACUAACGAUCAGAAAAAAAACAUCCACAAAUACAAUGCCCAUUGAUCGAGCGUCAUGGAGAAACGUUUGGCUAUAUGAGGCUUCUACUGGCAAUUUACUGGGAGGGACUCAUCAAAACGGCUCACUGAUAGGAGCGAAUCUCUUGUCGAUUCUAGAUGGAGUUCUUCUUGCCGUCAUCGAUGAUCAGUGGAGUGUGAAGCAUCGAAAUUCUGGGAUUACGAUCAGCCAAACAAAUGCAGCCCUUCAGCCUCACGAAUACGACAUUUACUGUCAAAGCACUGGUCGCUUGAACAAUGAACCGUGGGUCGCUCGACUCAUUAGUCAUAGUGUAUCCGGUGAAGUGGAUGCAUUUCGUGAUGGUGUCCGCGCGCGCGAUGGAAAGUGUGUGAUUUCUGGGAUUGUGAACGUUCGUGCUCCGUGGAAUACGUGGUCUGGCUUUGAAGCAGCCCAUAUAUUUCCACUGGCCUGUGAAAAUGUCUGCAUGGAGUUCAAUUACGGGCGGUGGAUUAUAGACAUGGACUGCACAACUGGAGUCUCAGGAAUCAAUUCCAUUCAACAUGGAUUGUUGCUGCGGGCUGUUUUACACUUGGACGUUGAUAAUUAUUUGUUUUCAAUCAACCCGGAUAUCCGUUCGGACUGGAUGGCAGGACCCUGGAUCCUGUUUGCCGUAACCCACAAGACCCCCAUUGUGUCUCUGGUGCACUGUUGCGUUGGCAUUUCCGAUAGGCAGUUCUAGCGAACAUGCGAGGUGCGGGUGAAUCAAUAUUCGAGCAUGAUUUCCCACCGGGCACGGAUGUGUGGGCUGAGUUGCGAAAUGAACCUGAACCCUAUGGAAAGCGGCGUUCUGAGAUGGAGCUGUCUUCCAGACUAAGGAAUAUUUCACCUAAAUCAACCUGACAGAGUAAGAACAGCAUACGCUAGCUACAGAAACGCCGAACAUAACUUCCCGCAUGUAACCACUAAUAUUUCCGAAGUCUAUCAUUCGCCUAUGCCAUGAGCUUUAAAAAAGAAGUAGAAUGCAGACACACCGAAAUACUGUAGUAGUCCUGAACCCUCUUUUGAGGCGCCCCGUUACGUUAUGGUUGCAGGGCUGGAUAGGUCAGCAGAACGGUUUUAUACCGGUAUCGGUCGUCGUACUCGGUAGGUCUGGGUUCUAGCAAACCUUCGAGUUCGCUUGAAACCCCGUGCGUCUCCCGUCAGCCAAUGCAGCCCAUCGUCAUCCGGACCGUCAAAUGGGAGUGCUUCGAUAUGGGCAGGCUGAUGAUGCUCCUGAGGACAAAGCCGCGAGGUGACAGAGAUAUUACGCCUAGCCUGCUGGGAAGACGUUGCGUUGCCUGGAGAAGAGACCCUGGUGAAAUCCCUUUUUCUGAAACCUCUCGCACGGGAGGCUGGUCAAGAUUAUGUAUAUUUCCUCUCAGAAAGAGUUCCAUUCCCAGGCCUGGUCUGUUUCUUUCUAUUCAGCGAGUGUCGGAGCCAUAAUGAUUGCUGCUGUACAUGGUAAAUCAAACUUUCGUUCACCGUUGUUCCGUUCUGAACCAACAACAUUUGACAAGAUUCGCAAAAUUUUGUACCGGAUCUUUUCCCUUCACUUGGAGGAUCACCGUUUUCAUCGAUGAUCGAGCGAAGGAUACCAGCCACGGGAUUGCUGCAUCUGAAUAGGAAUUGGAAUUGAACCGUCCAACACAAAGAAAGUGCCGCUGCUCUGGCCAACAAGCUUUCAGCGGUCAAGAGAACUGGUGGAAGAGAAGAAGGUUAAACAAAGCUAAGGUAGUUAUUGUAGGUACAUUACAUGUACAUAUAUGAGGCGCAUCGGGGCAUCAUGGCCUGGAAAAGCCAUGAUGUGGACCCACUAGUGCAUGAGCUCCGAACUCCUAUAUCCCUUAUUUCUAUGGAAUCCCGAUAGGCCGAUGGGAGUCGAGGAUGGAUUUACCUUACAAAUAUAGGGGAUCUUUCCCCAGUUGAAUCCUCCAAAAACCUGUCCAUAUAUACCGUACGAUACACGCGCUUUUGCCUGUUUACAUACGCGUAAUCACUCAGAACCUUCUUUAAUCACGUUUAGAGCCUAGGGCAGAAGCUCUGCCCGCUACUACCCCGCUUCAGCUCCGAGCGACUGAUCACUGCUAUAUUAUUCGAGGUUAGGUAGCCUUCUAGAAACUAUGAUCUGGCAUAAACCUCCAGAUUCUAGUCAGAGGCUUCACACAAUGGUGGCACCCCUUCUCCAAGCAGCGUUAUUUUGAUCUAGGUCAACACCUCAGCUUAUAGACGGAUCACUCCGUGGCUACUACUAUUUUGCACUAACGCACUCCCUAAUGUUUCCAUGAAGCUCAAGCAUGUUGCUAUUCGCCAAAUGGCUACUUCAGUGUAUUCAAGAGUGUGCACUGGUGGCCCUGAUGUCAACUUGAAUCAGCACAAAAGAUAGUCCAGCUGAUGGACUAACCAAGCCCCUUGGACUGCAGAAAUACCAGCGUUUUGUGGAGUUUCUCAAAGGAUAAAUAAAAUAAAUAA